AUGUCGACCGAGUCACGCCCCGGCAAGGCGGCCGGGAAGAGGGCCUCGCGCUCGUCGCUGGCCUGUCUGCCGUGCCGCUCACGUCAUCUCAAGUGUGACGGCCGCCGACCACAAUGCACACGAUGUACUAACACCCAAGAGACCUGCACCUAUGCUCAGUCUCGCCGCGGCGGUCUCGACCGUGCUGCUCUGGCAGCGGUAGCAGAGCGGCGUAAACAAUGCGCCGCCGCGCAGGAGGCGGCCCACGGUCCGCUCCUCUCGCCGGUCUACAGCGACGACAUCCAUAGCAGCAUACCAACAACGCUGUGCCAUGACAUCUCAUCGCAAGACCGUGACGGAUUGGCAUCUACCGUCACCGUAUCGGCAGUGGCGCCGCUGGACAUUGACUGCAAUGUCGCUCAGGACAGGCUUGUGAGCCUGUACUACGCCAACUUCCACCGGCUUCAUCCGUUUGUCCCGCCGCAGAAGUGCCUCGUCAAGUUGUGCAGCGACGUAUCGAACAUGUCCACUUGGAAGCCCCUCGUUGUCGCUCUGCGCCUCGUUGGUCACAUUUACGAUGUACGCGAAUGGCCGUCGUCUCUCGAAACAGAGAUCCUCAGCUGUCUGUCGAGCAGUUCGUGUGAGAGGCCAGUGGCGGUACAAGCCCGUCUACUGCUCUCGAUUGCCAAGUUUUGGUACGGUUCCGUUUCAGGCGCAAGACAACUGAUGAAUGAGGCGUUGCAAUGCGCCCUAGACAUGGGGCUUAACGAACGCGCGUUUGCGACAGCACACGGACAGGGCGAUCCCGUCCUGGAGGAAAGCUGGCGGCGGACCUGGUGGAUGCUGUACGUGCUUGAUGCGUACUAUGCAGGGACUCUGGGUCGCGAAGACUUUUCCCUCCAGGAUGCGGAGGCCACGGUCGAUCUGCCCUGCCACGAGUCGGAGUAUGAGUCUGGCAACAUCCCCCUUCCAAGAACCUUGGACGAAUUCGAUUCCCGCGAGUUCUUUCCGGAAACACCUCCCUUUUCCUCCUUUGCCUACCUCAUCGGGGCUGUCCGGUGCGCGUCGCUCGCCCUGUCCCGGACAUCAUCUGUCAAGCCUGACGAGGUAUCGUCUCUGCAUAUUCUCGAAGCAGCCGACUCGGCCACAGACGGUUGGCUGCUGCUCCUUCCAGAGGACAAGAAACGCACCCUCGAUGCAUCAGGCAAUAUCGACGAGCUGAUGUUCCAAGCGCACCUCGUUAUCCACGUCACCACCAUUGGCCUGCACAGACCCCUCUCCGACCUCAGAUUCAACACCGUGGAGGACAUCUCGAGCUGCGCACGAGAGCCAGCCCGCGGCAGAGCAAGUGCUGAUCUCAUCAAUGUGCACACAAUCCGUGUGAUCCGCGCUGUCGAGGCACAGAUUCGGCUCCUCGCGCUGCCGGCUCGGCCGUUCCACCACACGCCGUUUACGACGUGCAUGGUCAGCGAGGGCACGCUGGCGUUGCUCUCCGCAUGUAGGUAUCUGCUCAAAGGGAAGGAGCUUGCUGUUGCGAGGGAUCAGAUUCAGAACGAUGGAGACGAACUAGAGACGUGCCUCUCGAUCGCUCAGAAUCUCGACAACAGCCAGCCAGCCAUUUCUACAUCACAGGAUCCUGUCUCGGAGUGGUUCAGCAUUGACGAGCUGCAAGGCGAUUUCACUUGGUGGCCGCAAGAAAAUUGA